AAAUGACUCAGUUGUUAUAUGAGGUAUAAAAGCUCUUCCUUCUGUCUAUUAUUGUCUUCUGUACAUUUUUUCGUUUAUAUUCAUAUCUGAAUUCACGCAAUUAUAAUGCAUUUCUCCUUUAUUAAAUCAGGUUUAAUUUGCUAUCCUAUUUUUAUGAUAGUUUCUACUGUCAGCGCUAGGCCACUUCUCAACCAGAACCAUGAUCACAAGGAGAUAUCUACAUAUACUGUUCAAAACCUUGAUCUAGAUAAUCAUCCAACGAUAGAGCACUUUUACAUAUACAAUGACGAUGUCACUGAGCCAGCUUUCCCUUUCGAUCUUCCAGGUAUGGAGUUUAUGAAUCUGAUUCCUGGAGGUAUAUUUUAGAAUGCGUUAAACAAGUUUGCCAUAUAAUACCCAUGGGUAGUCUAAGAAUCAACAACAUCACAUUAAAGCCUUCCUACGUAAAAUAAUAGCCAGGUUUUCUUAAAUACGUUCAAUAAAAUUAGUAGACGAAGCCUUAAUAAACAUAUAAAUACAGCCUUGAUCCUGAGUAGUAUUUGUUGCAUACCUAUUUGAUCGAUUAUCAAAAUUGUGUUAUGGGGAAAGUCGCCUUUUUAAUCAUAAGAUCUUCUUCCU